AUGUCCGUGAAAGCGAAAACGUGGCAACAGCUUGCAUAUGUUCUAAUUUAUAUUUUCAAUGUGAUUCAUGCACAAGUGAGUUACUCUACUCCCGAAGAAAUGGCCAAAGGAUCUGUGGUCGGAAAUAUUGCGCAAGAUUUGGGCUUGGAUUUACAGAGGCUGAAAUCAAGGGAGGCACGAAUUUACACUGGAGAUAGCACGGAAUACGUUGAACUGAAUAAAGAGACGGGGUUUCUUUUGAUAAAAGAGAAAAUAGAUCGCGAGGUGCUUUGCGCAAAAACGACUCCUUGCGCUUUACAUCUCCAAAUGAUUUUGGACAACCCGGUGGAAUUAUACAAAAUAACUGUCGAAAUCACGGACAUAAACGAUAAUGCACCUAGUUUCAAGAAAAAGGAAAUUAGGUUUGACAUCAGCGAAUCUGCUGGAAUAGGGGCUAAAUUCAUGCUGGAGAAAGCUCUCGAUGCCGACGUUGGAAACAAUGGCCUGCAGAGCUACUCGCUGAAACCUACAGACCAUUUCUCUUUGAAAUUACACAAUCAAGCUGAUGGAAGUAAAAGCGUUGAGAUGGUGUUGCAAAAAAGCCUUGAUCGAGAACAACGGGACCAGAUGUCUUUGUUGUUAACGGCUAUCGAUGGCGGCGAACCGCAGUUGUCUGGCACGGUUCAGAUACAUGUAACUGUGCUAGAUGCUAAUGAUAAUGCACCUCUCUUUACUCAGAAAACAUACCAAGCCACUUUAACUGAAAACGCAAAAAAAGGUUCUAAAAUAACCACCGUCAGCGCCUCUGACUCAGAUGUGGGUCCAUAUGGUAAGAUAACAUAUUACAUUACAGACGCUAUGGAUGGUGUGACGGAUGUAUUCGUAAUAGACCAGACAAGUGGCGAGGUCACACUUAACGGUGAGGUUGACUAUGAAUUAGAAAAAAGUUAUCAAUUUGAUAUUGAGGCAAAAGAUCAAGGAGGUCUCUCUGACUCUUGUAAAUUAAUUAUUGACGUGAUAGACAUAAAUGAUAACAAACCCAUCAUCAACAUACUUUCUAUGCCAAAGCCUAUUCCGGAGGACUCUAAGCUUGACAGAGUGAUUGCAAUCAUCAAUGUAAAUGACCCUGAUUCUGGUGCCAGUGGCCAAGUACACUGUGCUCUCAGUGACAAUAUUCCCUUUAGUAUAACAUCUCCAUCUAACAAUUUCUUCAGCCUGAAAACUCAACAGGAGCUGGACAGAGAGAAAAACGCAGAGUAUAACAUCACUGUAACGUGCGCAGACGAAGGAGUGCCCCAGCUUUCCAGCAGUGUCUCUCUGCAAUUACAGAUAACCGAUGUAAAUGAUAACGCACCUCUCUUUGAAAAAAACUAUUAUGAAGCCUAUAUCGCUGAGAACAAUGCAGCAGGUCAGUCUAUAUUAACGAUAAAAGCAAGUGAUGCUGAUUGGAACCAGAAUGCCCGUGUUUCUUAUAUUCUGGAGGAGAGCGCUGUUAACGGCUUGUCAGUCUCAUCAUAUGUGUCUGUUAAUGCUGAGAGUGGAGUCAUCAGUGCUGUGCGUACUUUCGACUACGAACAGUUAAAAUAUUUCAUUUUUCGCGUGAAAGCACAGGAUGGUGGCUCUCCUCCACUGAGUAGUAAUGUUACAGUGAAAAUUAUUAUCCAGGACCAGAAUGACAAUGCACCACAGAUUCUUUAUCCAGUACAAGCUGGUGGCUCAGUGGUAGCUGAAAUGGUGCCUCGUUCAGCAGAUGUUGGCUACCUCGUCACUAAAGUUGUGGCUGUUGAUGUGGACUCUGGACAGAAUGCCUGGCUCUCCUAUAAACUACAGAAAGCCACAGACAGGGCUCUGUUUGAAGUUGGAGCGCAGAAUGGAGAAAUCAGAACAGUGCGUCAGGUCACUGAUACAGAUGCUGUGAAACACAGACUCACUGUUGUGGUGGAAGAUAAUGGACAGCCCUUUCGUUCAGCUACAGUCACCGUGAAUGUAGCUAUUGCAGACAGUUUCCCUGAAGUCAUCUCAGAAUUUAACUUUAACCCUGAAGAAAAACACAAUGACAAUCUGACUUUUUAUUUGAUUUUGGCUCUGGCUGUGGUUUCGAUACUCUUCAUUCUUUCAUUAAUUGCCAUCAUUUCAGUGAAAAUUUACAGAUGCAAACAGGAAAGGCAGUUUUAUAAAUCUGCUGCAAAUCUUCCAGUGAUUCCUUACUAUCCACCAGUAUACGCUGAUAGUACUUUACAGCGCAUGUAUAAUUAUGAGAUGUGUGGAACAACUGAUUCCAGGAUGAGUGACAUCAAGUUUGUCAGGCCUUACAGUCAGAAUACACUGGUGAAUGUGAGUCGUGCUGGAACUGUACAGAGAGAAAACAAGGAACAGGAGGAGGCUGAUCAGUCUUUAGAGUUCGGUGUGUUUACAUGA